AUGACGAACACAAAUACGGCGGCUGCUGCUGCUGGUCUAGUUUGGAUCUUGAUUGAUGCUGCCCAAGGCACAGUUUCAAUAUCCGGUGCCUGUUCUGGAAUAGUCGUCGGCUUGGCCACAGUUACGCCUGCUGCCGGUUAUAUCCAACCAGGUUAUGCUCUCCUGAUGGGUUGUAUCGGGUCAGUGAUUGUCUACGGAUGGUUAAAAUUGAAAACCCGUUACUUACACUUCGACGACACACUGGACGCAUUCUCAUGCCAUGGUAUGAGCGGUAUUGUGGGUACCUUUUGCACAGGUCUCUUCUGUCAGAUCGAUAUCAACUCAGCAGGCGCCAACGGAGCCUUUUACGGUAACCCCGUGCAAUUGUGGAAACAGAUUGCUGCCAUACUUGUAACGGCAAGCUUCUCGGCAGCAAUCACAGCAGGUAUUCUUCUUCCUAUGCAUUUUACAUUCGGCAUUACACACACAUCCGAAGAUCAAAUCAUUGGUUUGGAUCAGACACUACAUGGAGAAUCAUGGUUUGGACCCGGCCACCAUGCUAAUUCCUCGAAGAAUCCGGCGAACAGUAACAACGCAGGGAACGCGGGUAUUCCACUUGCAAUUGUGAACACAGCUGCUGUUCCGCCUCCAGCACAGCUAAAAACUCAAGUCUAG